UCACUAGGCGGCAGUAUGUUGGAACUGCAGCCGCCGAAGCUGAUGAGCGCGACGAGGAAGUGCAAAGAGCUACACAAGUUAUCGAUGAUGGCAGCUACGUCCACCCCGGUUGAUCAUACUAAAGACACAAGUACCACAUCGUCCACAGCCAUUGCCGUUGACCUUUCUGCACCCCCAGCAAUUGAGGGUUUCACUCCAUUGCCACGGCCCAAAGAAGAGGCCUUUAAGGACAAAUUUGUACGGAAGACAAAAGAAAACCCGUUUGUUCCUAUUGGCUGCUUGGGGACCGCUGGGGUGUUGAUGUAUGGUCUCAGAGCCUUCAAGCAGGGGAAGACACGCCAGUCACAGCUACUCAUGCGGACACGCAUCUUUGCGCAAGGAUUUACAGUCGUCGCUAUUAUAGUGGGUGUGGCUGCAGCGGCCAUGAAACCCAAGCCAUAGAGGAGGGGGAGGGAGCCCCCCACCAAACCCCCUGCCUCCUUUAUUUUUAUGCAGUAAGGUGUGACUGGUGCUUUAUUUUCCUUCUAUAUAUUGCUUUUUGCCUCAUGUAUGAAUUUGUACACUUCAGAAAGUACAAUGUAAAGUAUAAUAUAUGGUGUCUGAGAAUUAUGUAAUAUUAAACUUAUUUAACCCCCCA